UGUAUAUGUCAGUAAGCCAAUCCCCAGCAGUCACGGUGGAAGGACACGGCCAAGGCUUGCACUGAGCAUCUCAAAAAGGGUUUAUUGUCUCUCAAAACGAAGACACCACACUCAAGUAUAAGAAGGACUGUGGGUAGAAGGAGCAGAGAGGAGAGAGAACAAUAGCAGAGAACCAUCUGAAAAUCUGGCAAAACUGCUAUCCAAGAUGAAAUUCUUCAAGAAAACUAAAGAGGAGGAGCCAGCUGCUCCAGGGCAAGUGGCAAUCAAAAAGAGAUCCAGAGUCCCUGGGGUCAUGAUUACACAGUUUGUGGAGGAGCUUCCUGUGGGCAUGACCACCCCGGAUUUCACCCUCAAACCCAUCGCUUUGACUAUUCAGGAAGGGAAAUGUGCUGUUUUCAAAGCAAUUGUGUCUGGUAAUCCGACACCAAGUGUGCAUUGGACAAGAAGUAAUGGAGAAGUAACAGAACAAGAGAGAUACAAAAUUGUAUCUGAUCCAGCCACGCCUUAUGAGCACUACAUAGAGAUGCCGGAAGUAUCUUCAGAACAAGCUGAUACCUACAAAUGCUUUGCCACCAAUGAGUAUGGAAAAGCUGUGGUCAUCGCUAACCUCAAUGUAAUUGAAAUGGGAUAUAAGAAGGGCAAGGCUAUGAAAGAUGCACGAGCAGCUGCUGUGAAGCCACCUGAAGAUUUCAAAAACCUCCUAACAAAAGCGGUUGUAGCAUCAGACAAAGAUGACAAAAAAGAGGGAGAAAUCGAUCCAAGGUUUUGGGAUGUGUUGAUGAGUGCCGACAAGAAAGACUAUGAGAAAAUCUGUGCUGAGUUUGGAGUCACUAACUUCCGCUGGAUGCUGAAGACACUGAAUGUGAAGAAGGUUGAGAGGGAGGAAGAACAAGGAAAGUAUAUUGAAAAGCUCAGCAAUCUGAAACACAUUGAAGUAAAACCUGGUGGAGGUGCAGAGUUUGAAUUUGAGAUGUCGCUUAAAGACCCCAACGUCAAGAUCUUCCUGUUCAAGAAUGGAGUAAUGGUUCCGUUCAGUGUCGAUACAGAAGAGAAGCAUUUUCUGAAGAAAACGGGAAGAAAAUUUACAUUUGGCAUUAAGGAUCUUGCUGGAGAUGAUGAAGGAUUGUACCAAGUGAUGGUGGAGGGGGUACUUAUCUUCUCAACUGACUUCAAAGUUCCAAUGGUGGAUUUCCUGGUCAAAAUUCAGGAAGUGAAGGCCACGGAGAGAGAGGAUGCUGUGUUUGAAUGUGUCCUGUCAUCACCCAUGUCAAAGAUUCAAUGGACGGGGAGGAAUCAACCGUGUGAACAAGGGGAGAAGUUUGACAUUGAAGUGUCAGAGGACAUGCUCAUUCAUAGCUUGGUUGUGAAGGACUGUGCGAAACUGGAUGGUGGUAUCUAUUCAGUAUGUGCAGGGAUCAAGUCUUGCAAUGCCUUUCUUGUUGUGGAGGUUGAUAACGAUCCAGCCACCAAGGGGAAAAAGAAAGUCCGCAAAACAACUCGAGCUGGUGGGGGAGAGGUAGACUUGGCUAAAAUAGCUGCAGAGCAGAAAGCUAAGCUGGACAAAGAGAGAGAUGAGAGAAUGGAGUUGGCGAAGCAGAUUAAGGCAGACAUGGACGCUAAGGCAGCAGGAGCGCCUGAACCAGAGCCGGAGAACAAGGGCGAGAAGGAAGAGCCUGACCCUGUGGAAGAGAAGAAGGAAGAGCUUGGAGACGAAGAGAUACCAGUUGAGAAGAACAAAGAGCCUGGAGACGAAGAGAUAACAGUUGAAAAGAAGAAGAAAAGAGUGAGAACAGGUCCACUGAUCCCAGACACCAUCAUAGACCCAGGAGUGCACUUUACCAGUGGAUUGUCAGACAUCAGUGUUAAUAUGGGCAACAGAGGUGAACUGGAGUGUAAACUGAGCAGUGAAAACUGUGAAGGAAUCUGGUACAAAGAUGGAGAAGAGAUAGAAGCAUCAGAUGAUAUUGAGAUUAAACAUGAUGGGGCCUAUCACAGGCUUAUACUGAAGAACUGCAAGGAGGAGGAUUCUGGCAAAUACCGAUUUGAAGCUGAUGGACGUAAAACAGAAUCCAUGCUUAUUGUAGAGGAUCCACCCAGAGUAAACCCAGAUGACCUGGCUGAUUUCUCAAAGCCCGUCAUAAUAAAGGUUGGCCAAAGCGCUACCUUCAAGCUGUCUAUUAUGGGUCGUGACCCAAUGAAGAUCUAUUGGUACAACGAAGGUGAGGAGUUGGUGGAAGACAAACACAUCAACAUUGAGAAGUCGCUCACACACAGUCGCCUCCUUCUCAGCAAGUGCCAGCGGAAAGCCACAGGAGAAAUCAAGAUCAAGAUCAAAAAUGAAUUUGGAACCAUUGAGGGCAUAUCCAGGUUGAUUGUACUGGACAGACCAAGCCCUGCCCUAGGACCUGUGGAGAUCAUUGAAGCUUCUUCGGCUGUACUUGACUUUAAAUGGAGGCCUCCCAAAGACAAUGGUGGCUCUCCUGUGAUCAACUACAUCCUGGAACGACAGCAGCUGGGCCGUAACUCCUGGAUGAAGCUGGGUCAGAUCCCCGGAGAGCCCAAAUACAGGGACACCGAUGUAGACCAUGGAAGGAAGUACUGCUACCAUAUCAGGGCUGUGACUGAGCAGGGCAUAAGUGAAAUUAUGGAGACAGAUGACAUCCAGGCCGGUACAAGAGCAUAUCCCGGACAACCUUCCUCACCCAAAGUGAUCAGUGCCUUUGCAAACUGCAUCAAUCUGGAAUGGGUUCCCCCUUCCAACACUGGAGGAACUAAUAUUCUAGGUUACCACCUGGAGAAACGCAAGAAGGGCAGCAAUCUAUGGGGUUCAAUCAACAAUGUGAAAGAGCCAAUCAAAGGUCAAGGGAUUGCAGUGAAAGACGUUAUUGAGGGAAUAGAGUAUGAGUUCCGUGUUGCAGCUAUCAACAUAUCUGGUGCUGGAGAGCCAAGUACCCCCUCUGAAUUUGUUUUUGCAAGAGACCCAAAGAAGCCCCCCGGUCAAAUCAAUGACCUGAAGGUGACAGACUCCACCUACACCACCUUGUCCCUGGGUUGGACUAAACCCAUAGAGGAGGAAGGGGUCCAAGAUGAAGCCAAGGGAUACUUUGUGGAGAUCAGACCAGCAGCAAACCCAGAGUGGGACCGCUGUAACAAUAACCCCAUCAUCAUUACCUCCUAUAACAUUUUGGGUCUUAAGUCAAUGGCAAUGUACUGGGUGAGAGUGAUCGCCACCAAUGACGGGGGAGAAGGGGAGCCACAAGAGCUGGACAACUACAUCCUGGCUAUGCCUCCCCCUGUUUCCUUGUUUUUCACUGAUCGCAAAAUGAAGAGCUUCAUGGUUGUGAGAGCCGGGAAUUCUGCUCGAAUCAACAUCAACUUUGUGGCUUCUCCUAUGCCAAACAUAACGUGGCUAAAGGAUGGGAUGCCAGUAUCAAAACUUGUAACCAUUAGCAACUCCGAUAAUACAUCCCAGCUCCUAAUCUCCACAUCUGAGCGUCCCGAUACAGGAAUCUACACCAUCAUCGUCAAGAACAUGGUUGGUCAGGAGACCUUCAGUAUCGAAAUCAGAGUCACAGAUGAUCCCAAGCCUCCCGGCCCAGCGGAGUUGGAACAGAAUGUUCCUGGAACAGUGACUGUGACCUGGACUCCCUCCCCAGAUGAGAGGAGGGACGACAGGCUGCACUACAUAGUGUCCAGACGUGACUCCGUCAAGCGAAUGUGGCAAACUGUAGCUGACCACCUCUUCAACAACAAGUUCACAGCCCUCAACAUCAUGGCUGGACGAGAGUACUACUUCCGUGUCUACGCCAAAAAUGACAUGGGUCUCUCUGAGCCUUCUGAGUCGCCAACCUGGGGAGUGACCAAGAAAAAAGAGAAGUUCUCAAUGGCUUUCAGCUCAUUCAAGAGCCUCAACUUUGAGUCAGCGCCAUCAUUCUUAGUUCCACUGAAAAUGCACAGCACCCCUGAGAGCUACGAGUGCUACAUGAGCUGUGCUGUCAGAGGGGACCCAACACCUCAUGUCACAUGGUACCGCAACAAUAUCAGCCUCAACACCAACACCAACUAUCUUAUCACCAACACCUGUGGGGUCUGCUCCAUGCUCAUACUGAGGGUUGGACCCAAGGACACUGGAGAGUACAAAGUCAUCGCUGAAAAUGCCUUGGGCAGGGCAGAGUGCUCCACCAAACUCACAGUCAACGGUAUAAAAAAAUAA